CCCUGGCGCCGAGUGCGCGGACUGGGCGAGUUAAGGUGGGAUUGUGGUCCGUUUUUCCACCAGAAUUUUGUUGUGAGUGUGGUUGUGAAUAUUCCCGUUUUCGUCACCGACAUAAAUUUCUGUAAACGUCAUCCGUAAUGAUUAGUUAAAAACAAAGGUAACCUACAAAGUGAAUUUGGUUGUGAAUGGUUGUGAAGUGAGCAAUUAAAGGCCUCCCAAUUCGCACGAAAUAACGGAAUGUUAUGAUCCUAGUGAAAUCACACGCUCUUAUCAAUUUAAUGACUCAGUUUCACCUUAGACAUUCCGUCACGUUAGCUCACAAAAUUCUUUAGCAAAAAUGUGGAUGCCAACGCAUGUACAAGUCACAGUCCAACGAGCUGCAGGAUUAUUGACCAAAGGUAAAAACAAGACAAACGACUGCUUUGUGACAAUUGCAUUGGGGAAGACGAAAUACCAGACGUCGAUAAAGGAAAAAGCUGACCCUGACGUCGAGUGGCACGAAGAAUGCGAACUGCCAAUCCCCGACCAAGGAAACACGGCCGAGAUUAUCUUAACAGCAUUGCACCACAAUGGCUUUGGCGUGGACGAGUUUCUUGGCAGAGUCGCUAUUCCUUUAAACACUUUGGACAUCUAUGAAAGGCCCAAAAAUAAAUGGUACGGCCUUGAGGCCAAACCAGGCAAAGUGGGUAAGGCGAAAGAGCGGGGGCACCUGGAAGUGAAGAUCGGGUUCACUGUCAAGUCUGGCAGCCUCACCGAUUUGAGCAAAAAAGAGAAACACAAGUCUUCGAUUGGCCAGUUGUCCCACGUGGCCCAGUCCGUGGGCGGCAGCUUGCUCAGUUUAGGGAGCGCCGAGAAACGUAAAGGGAUCAAAAAGUUUGCCAAGUCAAUCGGGUCGAAAAUGCACCUCAGAGGGAAGAAAAAAGACGGGGAUUUGGACGACAGUUCUUCCAUCGGUAGUGUCGGUAGUUUAAAACGUAACUUUGACAAAUUUAAAAGUCGACAAACCAAGGAAGACGCCGACCCGGGGGUUGUGAGUGACGAGGAUGACUUUACAUUUGACGAUUUGUCCCACAAGAGUUCGGUCAGUUCGCUCAACCACCCGACCAAUCACAACAAUUCGGUUUCUUCCACUGAGAACAUCUCCGGGGAUGUCUCGAAUAAAACGCCGCCGGCUAAGCCUCCGCGGAACGAGCCCAAGCCGCAAGACGAGUGGGAGUCGAAGUUGUUCGGGAAACAAACAAAAAAUUUACUCAAACCGGCGAGUAGCGAAUCGUUGAACCGCCGCUCGUGGGACUCCUCCAAACUAGACACACAAAUUGAGGAGGAACCUCCCGAAACGACUGUUACGAAAGACGACAUUAGCGUAACUCCGACUAAAACUCCCGAGGUUGUCAAAAAGGAGGAGCGGGACGGCAUGUUGGCCAAGUUAAAGAAUUUCAGAAAAGAUAAACAUGAAAUAGACUCGAAACGUGAUAAACCGACCAGUAAUUCAAGUGAACGUAUUAUUAUAGGCGGAGAGAAGGAUGUCAAUUACUCGUACAAUAAUCACAUUUCCAACGAACUUUUGCAGAAGUUUGAAGGCAAAUCGCGAGAAGACCUCAUUCUCCUAGUGUGUAAUUUACAGAGCGACCUAGAGUCCCAAAAGAAGAAACUAAAAGACUUAGAAGACUAUUUAGACGACUUACUUUUGCGAGUGAUGGAGACAACUCCACGAAUCUUGCAAAACCCGUACGUUACUUGUAAGUUAUCGCAUAAAAAUGGUUAAGUAUUGAGAUUCCAGUGCCUGAUGCAACGCGGUGCUAAUCCCAAAAAUCUAUUUGUACAUAAACACUGUGAUCGUUCGGCCAUUUGGACAAAAUUGAUGUUUUAUUUAAUCCGUCCAUCGAUUGUUCUUACCUUGAUUAUGUAAAAGCCAAAUUAAUUCCCCAAUAGCUUGCUUGUCUUCCUUUGACGUAAUAAUUUAUUUCUGACUAACUUAUUAAUUUUAUCGGUACUGUUGUGGUGUUAUGUAAUCUAUUUUAUAUACGAGAGGGAAGAAUAAAUACAGUUGAUGCAAA